UAAAAAAUGAAAAAAUAAAGUUGAAAAAGAGCGCAGAAGUUCAAUUGAAUCCUCCUCCAAUAGAAAAGCGGCAGACCCCCAAAAUCUUCUCUCCGUCAAGCAAACAAGGACGACUCAAUCGUUGAUUCUGAGAUCUAUACCUUCCUCAUCGCAAUUGAUCUCUGGUAAAGCCUCAUCAAUUUCUGCGGUUUUGUGUUUCUUCUUUUGCUUUUCGUUUUUGUGUUUUUUUUUAUUCUUCUUGUUGUCGAGUCUCCGGCGAUUGCUCCACCGACAGCUGCAGUUGUUACGCCUUCGUGUUUGAAAUUUUUUGUACUUAUUCGUACAUUUAUGUGGUGAGGAAUCUAGAUGGAUAGUAAUUACUCUAAAUUAGAGGCGAGAGAUGGAAGCCUUCAAUUGAAAGAUUCGUCUUUACGGCGGAUCUUACCCGAUGAAGGAGACGAGUAUUUGUAUCCACGCAAUGCGGAUGAUUCGGAUGUCGAACACAACGUUGAUUUUGAUGAUUUGCCUCUUAUUUUUGGUGAAGGAGGGAAGAAAUCUGGAUCGGGGAUUUAUGGCGCUGUGUUUAACCUUACUACCUCUAUUAUUGGGGCUGGAAUUAUGGCUUUGCCUGCCACAUUGAAAGUUUUAGGGUUGGUUUUGGGGGUGAUUCUGAUAUUUCUUAUAGGCAUUUUGUCGGAAAUCAGCGUGGAAUUGUUGAUUCGGUACGCAGUCUUGUGUAAGGCGAAUACGUAUGGUGAAGUUGUCGAAGUUGCAUUGGGGAAGACGGCUAAGGUUUUAUCCGAAAUAUGCAUAAUAAUUAACAAUGCCGGCGUUUUGAUUGUUUAUUUGAUCAUCAUGGGUGAUGUAAUGUCGGGAUCCAUUCGACACAUUGGUGUUUUCGACCAAUGGCUCGGCCAUGGCUUUUGGGAUCACCGGAAGCUCUUGAUUCUAAUAACGGUUGUGAUUUUUCUUGCGCCGUUAUGCUCGUUAGAUAAGAUCGAUUCGCUGAGCACAACUUCAGCCGCUUCUGUAGCACUUGCAGUAGUGUUUGUAGUGAUCGUGUUUGUUGUCGCCGCUAUAAAACUUGUUGAGGGGAAAGUCGAGCUUCCGAGAAUGGCUCCCGACUUCAGUUCCAGCAACGCGAUUUUCGAAUUGCUUGUGGUGAUUCCAGUCAUGUCGAAUUCUUACGUGUGCCAUUUCAAUGUUCAGCCGAUUUAUAAUGAGCUCGAGGAUCGAUCCCCGCGGAAAAUGUACAAAGUGGGAAGAAUCACGACUACUAUAUGCAUCUUGGUGUAUGCGUCGACGGCCAUUGCAGGAUAUUUGCUCUUCGGGCAGGAUACCGAAUCCGACGUGCUUACUAACUUUGACGAGGAUCUUGGCAUCCGGUUCAGCACAGCUUUGGAUUACAUCGUUCGCGUCGGUUAUAUUCUGCAUUUGGUUCUCGUGUUCCCCGUGAUUCAUUUUUCGUUGAGGCAGACGGUCGAUUCGUUAAUUUUUGAAGGGCUUAAUCCGCUGACCGAGAGUCGGAAGAGGUGUCUGAUAUUAACUAUGGUGCUAUUAGGGCUCGUAUAUUUCGGCUCGACUAUGAUCCCAAAUAUUUGGAUGGCGUUUAAGUUCACUGGAGCCACAACAGCCGUGUCGUUGGGAUUCACGUUUCCAGCGCUCAUCGCGUUGAGGUUAAACAAAGAAGGAGGAACCAAAUUGAGCCGUGUCGAAAGAUGCUUGUCGUGGUCGAUGCUUUCGCUUGCGAUUAUCGUUAGCUUUGCUGGAAUUAUCGGAAAUAUCUAUACGCUCAACAGUGCUUGAACCGAAUGUAAGAACCUCGUUUCUUGCUCGUUCGAGACGAUGAUUUUGCUUAUUUGCCUGAGUUUUCCGGUGACAGAGUAUUUCUAAUAGCGAAGCAUGAUCGACUUAGCAGACGUAUUUUGCUGCUGAAUAAAUGUAAUAGUUCGAAAAUCCGAUGCCUUUCUUCUUUAUACUUUGUUCUUUACUAGAGAUACAUAACAAUAUUUUUUAGUGUUGCUUCUGAUGCACCACUUAUACAUCGAUCUAUCUUUUUAUGUAUUAUUUGUCUUAUAUUGAAAUGCAUCUCUUGAAAAUAAUGUUUCUUUUCUGUUACUUCUAAUGUUGAUUGAACUCAGAACAAUCUUGAUCUGUGUUCAGUUCAGACAAUUGAUUGUAUUCUGUUAGAACAUUGCAAAGUAUUUGUCAUUUCCAGGAUGAAUUGAAGGUAUGUGGCUGUUAUAAUC